CGCAGCUGUCACGGUCCAGAUGCUGCUGUUCUUGUGUCGGGGAUGAAAGAGAUUUGUUUACCCAAAUUACGUGUAAAUAAAGUCGAGGGAAUAAACUUCCGACCGGAGAUGUCCAAGGAGUCGAGGUCGGAGGGCAGGAGGCGCCGGGAGCACGUCGCCAACAGCAAAGUCGCCUUUCUCGGCGGCGGCGACGGGCGCGAGAGGAGCGGGCAACACAGAGCGGGAGGCGGCGGCGACUCCCGGGACAGGCCGGGGCAGAAAGCCGGGCCUGCGGGGGACGGGCGGGAGAGGUCCGGCAGCGGCAGCUCAGGAUCCUCGUACGGAGGCAAGAGCAAGGGCCAGGCCAGCGCCGGGAACGCUAAGGCCUCGUUCCAGAGGUCCAACAGCCAUGACAAAGUCCGAAAGAUUGUAGCAGAGGAGGGACGUGCUGCUAGAAAUCUGAUUGCGUGGAGUGUUCCCCUGGAAAAUAAAGAUGAAGAGGGAAAAAACAAGACACACACCAGCGGAAAACCACGAGACAUUGUGAAGGCUCAGCGUUCGACUGGGGUUUCGCAAAGAGCCAUAAAGCAGGUUUCUUCAGCUGAGAACAAAGCCACAUUGAACACAGUUGGAGAAAAAAACACAAUAGAAAAAGUCCUACGAAGGGCCGGCAGUCCCGAAAAGUUGAUUUACGAGCACGUUACUGGGCCUUUCUGUUUGACAAUCUGA